AUGCCGAAGAAUGGUCUCUCUUUAGGGAAAGUAGAAGCGGUUGCUGCUAGUCUGGACGUUCCCGAGGGCUACCACUGGCCGCACGAGGCCUUCCGUUCCCUCGACGUUUUAACUCGGUGCCCGAUCUGUGGGGAACACUUCCGCGCGCCUGUGCUGCUUGAGUGUGGCCACAGUUUCUGCAGCGAAUGCAUUCGUCGUGCGCUUGUUUAUCGAAGCGAGUGCCCGCAGUGUCGAGCGCCCGCCAGUGCAGGGCAACUUCGUCGAAACCGUUUGGUUCAGGACGUUACAACCGCGUGGCAACAAGCACGCGAAUGCGUGCUAACCCGCUUUUCACCACAAGAGCACGCUGGGAAUACGGAAUGCCGGAGCUCGAAAUUGGAAGCUUCGACUGAGAGCGGCCUCACGGUUCGAGAAAGAACCGAAGCAGCUUGCCCGGUGCGAGCGGCAGCGCUGACCGCACAAGUUGCGACUAGAGGUCGCGCUCGGAGCGCUCCUGUCCCGCCAGACGAGCAUACCGCAGCGGUAUCAGCUGUUUGGACAGACAGACAACACCAGAAUUGGGAUGAAGCGGGUGUCUGUUGUGGAAAUUGCGAGGAGUCGGCUUCCUCUGCAGUGUCAAUGUCGAAGCGCACCGAACCCAGUCAUCGAUUCGAAAGAAGCGCUGAACGGGCGGGAGCCCAGCCUCCGAACGGAGGACUGAGCGGCAUUGCGGCUGUACCGCAGCCGCUUCCAGUGUUUCAGAAAACAGACGACAUCUACGCGGAGGAUUGGUCGGAGGCUGCUCCAACUCGGACGCCCGCCGCGUUGCCUGGUGAAGCUGCACGGGCAAUGGAGCCGCGCCCACGAAACGAUGCAGAGUCGACGGCGACAAGCGGUCACGCGUCGUUCACUCGACGGGCCUCGUGCGAGAGGAUCCAGCAAAGAGACCAUACCAAGUAUGUCGAGUGCCCCAUUUGCAAUCGUGCAUACCCGCCGGCUUUUAUCCAGGUCCACGUGAAUGAAUGCCUGGAUCAACUGGAUGCCGUAGAGGCGAGCGGCUUUCCGGAAGCCGGAUCUCGGGCUUUGGCCAAAGCCACCAACACGCUCGAAGACGAAUAUCCGAUGCGGAAGAUUCCCGAGGUUUGGUACGACGGCCUGACUGAACGUCGUCUCCGGGAAAUGAUUCGGGCGCUCGGCAUGAAAGCUCCACCAGCGUGGCUCCGGAAUCGUCGUGGCCUCAUUUACCUGCACCGCGAGUACGUCAUUCGACAUAAUGCGGAGUGCGAUGUGGAGCCGGUGACCGCGCGCAAACAGCGACGUAACAUCUGCAGAGAGGUCGAGGAACUCGCCUGGUUCCAGAUCGAGUCUGCGAGGCGACCCACACGACCAGAGGCAGCGCGUUCUUCGAAUGCAACCUGA